GGCGGGGAGGGGCCGUCCGUUGGGCCCGAGGCGGCGGUGGCGGCCAGGGAGAACGGCUCUCGUCGCCUCCCCGGGGCAGGAGCCGCGGGGCCCGCGCCUCCUCCCCCCAGCACCGCGGAGGGGGGAGGAGGAAGAUGGAGACCCACAUUUCUUGCUUGUUCCCCGAGCUGCUGGCCAUGAUCUUCGGCUACCUGGACGUCCGGGACAAGGGACGCGCGGCGCAGGUGUGCACGGCCUGGCGGGACGCCGCCUACCACAAGUCGGUGUGGCGGGGGGUGGAGGCCAAGCUGCACCUGCGCCGGGCCAACCCGUCGCUGUUCCCCAGCCUGCAGGCCCGGGGCAUCCGCCGGGUGCAGAUCCUGAGCCUCCGCCGCAGCCUCAGCUACGUGAUCCAGGGCAUGGCCAACAUCGAGAGCCUCAACCUAAGCGGCUGUUACAACCUCACCGACAACGGGCUGGGCCACGCGUUUGUGCAGGAGAUCGGCUCCCUGCGCGCUCUCAACCUGAGCCUCUGCAAGCAGAUCACCGAUAGCAGCCUGGGCCGCAUAGCCCAGUACCUCAAGGGCCUGGAGGUGCUGGAGCUGGGGGGUUGUAGCAACAUCACCAAUACCGGUCUUCUGCUCAUCGCGUGGGGCCUGCAGCGCCUAAAGAGCCUUAACCUCCGCAGCUGCCGCCACCUCUCGGACGUGGGCAUCGGGCACCUGGCCGGCAUGACGCGCAGCGCGGCCGAGGGCUGCUUGGGCCUGGAGCAGCUCACAUUGCAGGACUGCCAGAAGCUCACUGAUCUUUCUCUAAAGCACAUCUCCCGAGGGCUUACGGGUCUGAGGCUCCUCAACCUCAGCUUUUGCGGGGGCAUCUCGGACGCCGGCCUUCUGCACCUGUCGCACAUGGGCAGUCUACGCAGCCUUAACCUGCGUUCCUGCGACAACAUCAGUGAUACGGGCAUCAUGCAUCUGGCCAUGGGCAGCCUGCGCCUUUCGGGGCUGGAUGUGUCCUUCUGUGACAAGGUGGGGGACCAGAGUCUGGCCUACAUAGCUCAGGGGCUGGACGGCCUCAAGUCCCUUUCCCUUUGCUCCUGCCACAUCAGCGAUGAUGGCAUCAACCGCAUGGUGCGGCAGAUGCACGGGUUGCGCACGCUCAACAUCGGACAGUGUGUGCGCAUCACGGACAAGGGCCUGGAGCUGAUUGCUGAGCACCUGAGCCAGCUCACUGGUAUCGACCUGUACGGCUGUACCCGAAUCACCAAGCGCGGCCUGGAGCGCAUCACGCAGCUGCCCUGCCUCAAGGUACUCAACCUGGGACUCUGGCAGAUGACGGACAGUGAGAAGGUCAGAAUCCUCCACAGCAACAUGCGAGACCAUGGAGUUUAAGAAACCCAGAGACCUUUAUCAAGUAAUUGUACUGUUUGUGAAUUUGUAUAAAUAAUAACAAAGAUCCUCUUAAAACGUUUAUAUUCUUACAGUAAAAGGUUAAACUGAUAUUUAUAUAAUAAAAGAGGAAAUAUGAAGUAUGUUUUUGAAAAAAAAAAAACAACCUUGUAUCUGUGAAUUAUUUUUAAGGCAUUGUGUGUUUGGGUACAUGCCAAAGUAAGGGGUGCUGUUUGUGUGUUCUGAACUGAAAGGAAAUAAGGUGUAGUUUGGUGCAUCCUAUGUGUUGUAAGCUCACAGUUAAAAGUUUAUUCUGUAUAAGGUUUAGUACUGACAUCCAAAUUCCCCCCCACCCCAGAUAUGUGAUUCGACUUGAGGUUUAUAUAACUUUUGGUUUUAAACUGUCAACAACAUGAAAAUUUAAAGAAAUUAAACAAAGUGAAACUUUUUUUUUAAACCAGAUUUUAAGUCAAAAUUUCCCCAGAGUGGCCAGUUUUUCUUUGGGUGGAAAUGAGAUAUAGAGGAAAUGCUGAAAAAGUGGGUCAUGAGAUGUGGAAGUGGGGGAGAAAGAUGGGUUUCUCUGCCCCUAGAGUGGGUACAGGGAGGAUGUGGAAGGGUGGAGGGAACUGAAGCCAUUGUGCAGAAAAGUUAAAAAGAGCACUGUCCUAGCUGCUCGUUCACUCAGUCAUGCAUACUGAAUCUCACAGUUUGAGUGAGGGUCCCAGUGGAAGGGAGGAGGGCAGUUCAACCCCUCUUUAACAUUCCCCUCCAGGCCUGGCAGUAUUUAAGCACUUUCCUGGGGGAUGGGGAGGUUGGCCAGGAGUUCUUGCACAUUUGCAUUUUAAGCACUUCCAAUGCUGAGGCUGGCCACUUGCUCUCCUCUGUUGAGGGUUCUUAGACUGAAUUCGGGCAGAGAAAUGAAUACUGGCAAUUCUGGCAGAGGCCCCCUUGGUAGACAGUAACUAAAUAAUCUGACACCCCGUGGUUGUGCUGUGGAAACCUAAGAGUAUAAGUGCUCUAACAGUGGAGUAAUUCAUAUUCUUGGUUUCACAUAGGUCUUUCUUAGUCGUUUCUGAGAUUUUUUUUUUUUACAUAAAAGUACUGAUUCCAGCUAGAGCCGAUAAAGAGUAGUAUGAAACUUUCCUGGAUCGGCCCCUCUUUCCAGGAAGAGGGCUAGAGCCCAGGGGUAAGAUUGUUUUGUAAAAUUCUAAGCUUUCUGCUUGAACCUGUCACAAAAGCUGGAUUGUUCCUUUUUGGGGAGCCAUCACAAUUGGGUCUAAUUGAGCCUGACACUAGAUCCAUCUUCCUUUUCUUUGGGGAAGGUGUGGAUCUCUCUCUUCCCACUUAGGUUACAAUGCUUAUUGCCCAGAACAAAAAAAUAAAAAAAAGAAGAAAAUGAUGUGUGAGCUCUAGUAAGAAGUAGGGACUCUGGAUUAGGGUCAGCUUUUCAGUUUAGCAUUUGACACUACACACGUGAAGGUUACAUAGGCUAUAGGUUCUUAGCCUGUUUUUCUUCCAAGAGAUGGCAUGGCUCUACAGAGUCAGUCAAUAAAAAUUUGAGCUCCUCCUAAGUCAGGCUCUGUGCUCAAAUUCUUCAUUUUAAUACACAAAAUAAUCCUACCAGCUAUAACCCCAAAGAGUUUUUCCUGCAUUUUUGUUUCGCUUUUUGCUUUAACAGUUAAGUAUAAGCUUGACUAAAGGUUGGUAAAUUAAUGUUUGAAAGUUAAGAUCAUGGGCCUAGGAUCCUUACCCUGAACUGGACAUGCUUAAGAAUAAUGUCUGGAGCGUCUCUAGAAAAGAAUAAACCACUUUCUUUAGUCAAGGUCAACUGCUUAUGUUUCAGGCUUUUUGGAUGGAAGAAAAUGAGUAUGUAUUGAGAAUCUAUGGUUUGCUUGAUACUUUGUAAAUUUAUUUCAUCCUCAAAGCCACUUGCUGAAACAGGUGUCCUUUUUUUUCACAGAUAAGGCACAAUACUUGCCUAAAGUUACCCAAGCAGGAGUGAGGGAGCUGGGAUUCAAACCUGGGGCUGGUUCUGAAGUCCAAGCACCCUUCUGCUCUGUGAGAAGGUUUAGUUAGUCCUGAUCACACCCUGGUUGCCAGUCAGAUGAUCCUCACAGAAGUGAAACCAAUACCCACACGUCUGCCACAGGGCACUACUGUAUUUUCACGCAAAUAACGCACGCCUUCUACAUUUGUUUGCCAACCUCGUCCUCCCCCCAUGAGGUUUUUCAUAAGCCACUAUUCCAUCUUUUUUUUUUUACAUGUUGCUGUAAAAAAAUUAGCAUAGCGCGUUUAAGCAAAUAGCUUGUGGGGGGAGGUCAUGGUUGGCAAAUAUAGAAGGCGCCCAUUAUUUGCGUAAAAAUACGGUACUUCAAAGGGAGUAAGGGUGGGUUCUUGGUAGGUUCUUGCUUACAGGAAUGGAAAGAAAUUCUUUUAAAGAAUAAAAGCACUAAAGAAAAUGAGUUGACAUAAUUUCUGGGUUGUACAAAAGAUAAAAAGGCACUUCAAGGCAAUUUUGAGAAGAACAAAAAAAAUCUGAUUCAGGUAUUUGUUGAAACUUCGAAACUGAAAAACCAAAAUAAAACUUUGUAUAAAUCUUAUCAUCCAGAAGUAAUAAACCUCAUCUAGAAGCUGUUUGGGUAGUAGUAAAGAAAGGGCUUCACAUACAUUUUUUUCCUAAGUCUCAUUCAUUGGUCGGUAGCACUUUAAUGUCUGUACUGAAAAGAUAGUCUAUAUAGUAAAUGCAACUGUGGGGUUCAGUCUGAUUCUGCAGCCCCCUAAAGGCCAUGAUAGGAAGGAGUGCUUCGUUGUUGCCUAAUUCUCCCUGCCAUGGACUGGUUCCUGCUAAACUCCUCAGUUCUAGCUUUGGAGGGAAGGGGGAGCCAUUUGAUUUAUUCCACAUUUGGCAACAGUGACAAGGAUGCUUGCCUAUUACAUUUACCAAAACUAAAAGACAGUACCAGUACAUCCUUAAAAUAGUGAAGAAAACUCAAACUGGUCAUAUUUUUUCACAACUUAAAUCAACAACAACAAACCUUUGAAAAAGUAAAUUUUCCUUUUAUUGGAGUUUCUUUCUAAAGGUAAGAACUUUCUCUUAAAGGACAUAUGAUCUGAGGAUGGUGACUUGAAGCAUGGCCUCUCACCCAAAUCCUGGUGUUUUCCUGCAGCGACUACCAGGUAGAUGCUGGUCUUGCAAUAUAAGUAAAACCUUUCACUUUUGACUGAGAAUUUGAACUCAAGUUUUCAAAGAGGGGGAAAGGGUAGUGGCCCCUGGGGACCACUGUGUUCCCAAAGAAAAAGAGCUUUUUGAUUAAAAGAUCAGACUUGUAAAACAAAACCAAGACCUCAUGCAGCUUCUGACAACUGUCUCUUCCCAGCCCAUGAAAGGGAAAGCCCCUGGCCUCUGAUCUUAGCUGUGUUUGACUGUAGAAGGGGAGGGGCUAUAUAAGUCAUCUAGUGGUCCCUUCUCUCUGUUGUCUUUCUCUUCCCUGCAUCAAACAUCACCCCUUUAAAAAGUUAAUUUUAUCCCUUUAGUAGAGAACAAGACCUAAAUUUUGUGCCACUGUGAACCCCUGAGGAGUCAGAGGGGUGAGGCUUUUUGAUGAAAUAAUGUGAUUCAUGGGUAAACACAGGAUUAAUGCCUAAGCUUAUGAUUGGACCACAUAUUUAUUUCAUUUUUUAAAAACUGCUGUAAUACUAAUGAGAUAAAUUCAUAUUCGUUUGGAUCAAUAUCAAGUAUUAUUAAUUUACUUACAAUUUAUCAAAGGUAUGUGCACAACUGGAAUAAGGGCAGCACUUGAAUGCAAAACGGGUAUUUCUAGACAAUUGGUAAAUUUAAGUGUCCACAAAUGAUCAGUUUCAGUGUUUUCCUCUUUUCCAGGGAUUGCUCUGAUUUUGCCUGUGGAGUUGCCUGUACCAGCCCAGAACAUUUGGUACUUUGUAAUGCCAAGUCUUCCAGUUAAGGUGCAAGAAAGAGUAAGCUUGAGAUCUUAACUGUACAGCACUAGAGUAGGGUGCCUUAACCACCCUCAAAUAAAACAAAAUGGAAGUGGAAUUCCUCAGCCUGCCGUUUGUUAACCUGGAAAUGCAUACACAUUUUCUUAGAAAAGAAGACAUAAGUUAUCAUUUUCUUAUUACUUUUCUACUUUAGUUGUUAGGGAGAAAUGGCACAUAUCCUUGCAAGUUGGCUUUUAUUUGUGAUAGCAGAAGGUAGUGAGUCCCAAUUACAAAGGGAAGAAAAAAUUAGGUCUUCUGGAGCCAGCAGCAAAGAAACCCAGGUAAGACAAUGUCAGGAAUAUGAAUGUGGUCUGCUGGAAUAAUUUAGUCAUAGAAUAGUGUUCAGUUUCUCUGCCUCAAAAAUUGAAGAUUCCGAAUUCUUGAAGACAUUGUACAUUUAAAUUUUUAAAGGGGAAAAGAGGCUUGACAAGUUUGAAAAGAUUUUGCCUGAGUGAAACAAGGAGUCAGUCUCAGAGCUGAGGCUGCUCUAGACCUUCACGACCACAUCAGAGCAUGAUCAGCAUGCAGGCAGCACUCUGAUCUUUCCCCGAGACACUGCAAAGCCCCACCCUGACCCCUCUCUUCAGAAAGGCGGGAGUUAAAAAGUUGCUGAAAGUUAUUAUUACUAUUCAAUAGUCAUUAAAUUAUGCAAAUUUUCUUAGAUAUGGUCUCCAAGCAUCAUAUACACUGUUACUUAAGAAAAUGAAAACCAGUGCAAGUUGACAAAUGGGCUGUCAGGGACUGAAGUAGCUAGUAGUGUCAAAUCUGUCACCUCUUGUCCUCAGAGGACUUGAGCCAGUUUCAAAAACACUGCUUUGUCGCAAAUAGUGAUCAGAAGUACAAAUGCUGGAAGUCUAUGCUUGUGAUAGCCUCAAAGCUAAGAACUACACACGUUUAACGCUACAAAUAUCUGUCACACAACUCUGCAAGAAUCCUUGGAAUCCUUUUAUAAAGUAGAAUCUGUUGUAAGAACACUAGCUAUUUUCUUUUCAUUCAGGGGUAAAAAGGCUUGACUUCACAAAUGUUUUAGUUACAAAUCCCUCUUGUCCAGGAAGAGUGAAAGGGUCUAAUUUGUUACUACCACGCACCCUCUUAUGUUUAUUAGUUCUCGAUUUACGUAAUCCACACUCCAGGAGGAUCAGGCCUAGCACACAGCUGUCUGUCAGUUACUACUCUAUCAUGGAACCAAGAUACUGGAAUCGGAGUGUGGGAAAAUAGUUCUUUGAGACCAAAUUAAUUUUUCUCAAAUAGUAUGGGCUUACUCAAUAUGGCUUGGAAAGCAUUAUUUUCCUCAUCUAAAAAGAGAGAAAAUAUAUACUAUAAACAUCCAUAAUAUUUAUCCUUAGGAAAUCUUCCCCAAGUUAGCAUUGUUUAUGUGCACGUUUGUUGUAGGAAUAGCUACCUGCUUCUAUUUUCCAGCCCAGGGCAAAGCUUUUUGAGAAGUGGUCUCCAGAUAAGGAGCAGCCAAAAAAAAGAGUCCUGAUAUUCCUUAGAAUCUUUAGAAAAAUUGCCGAGGCUAAAACUGUACAGAUUGGGUAAAAUAAGGGAGGAACUGCAACAGCUAAACCCAUCAAAUCUGUAAUGUUCUUAGAAGACAACUAGUUAGUGCCUUCCACCCUUACUGCCCAUGUUUUAAACCUUGAUUUCAGAGCUCAUAACUCAAUGCUGUGAACUACCAUACACGCACAAAAAAAGAUGGCCAGUAGGUGUGCCUUAAGCAAACGGUGUGAAAGUCCAGCUAAAUUAAAGUGGUAUUUUCUAGCACUUCUAGUUCAUUCCAAAUGUACAAAAUUUGGACCAAGUCAGGAGUCUGGGAGAAGGGUGUGGCUCGGUUCUGUGGCCUCCUGAACUUCACCAGGCUCACGGCUUGUAGUUGUAGGGAGUGGAGGCGCUCUUCACAUUUUCAGGGCCCAGAGUAGAUGAGAGGCUCUUCCAGCCCUCGCUGACGUCUGUGCACUUGAGACAGAUGCCCUGCCAUUGUGCUGAGAGUCGAAUGGCAACAAUCAGCAGUGUGACCCAGAGCCAGGCAGCUGGCCUAUCUUUUUCCCACACAGAAGAGCCUUAAUUUUCAAUGGAAUCACAAGAGGAGCUGCAGAAAUCCACUAGAGCAAAUACCCAGGAUUUAGCAGCUUCAUCACUGCUUCCUUUAGAACUAAAAAUGUGGGGGGAGGAGUUA